AAAACGUAUCGACAGGGACAAAAAAGCUGAGCAUGGUAGCAGGUGGUUAGUACAAAUCUCCAUUUCAUUUCAUCAGUUACCGUAAAGAUUUCAUUACACAUAACGGACACGAAGACGACGCGUAUCUUAAGACGUGUACACGUAGCACCUCCCCAUGCUCAACCAGUCGGUCAAAAAGUCUGUCUUACCAUUUGCAUUCCAUUUCGUUUCAGGGCUAUUUCGGUCCCUUCACCUCUCUCUCUCUCUCUCUCUCUCUUAUUAAUUUCGUCCUUUCCCGGCAUCGGACUUCCUCGUUAAGAAGCUUCACCAGUCCGGAAAAUUGUCUUCAUCCUUACGAUUGCAUUUUCCCACAUUUUGAUUUUCAUUUUUUCUCUCUUGGGUUGGGUUUUGUUUUCACUUUCUUUUUUUUUUUUUUUUUUUUUCGAAACAAAAAGUUUUCCUUUUUUGGGUAACCGUAAAUUUUCGCCAACUUUGCAUUGCAUCGUCUUUUUCUCAUCUCUCUUUGUGUUUUCUGAUUUGGGUUCUUUGAUUUUUUUCGUAUUGAGUUUCAAAGUCGAUACCUUUCCUUUCAAUUCGAGUCUAGCUAGUUUUCUUUAUUUUUUCAUUUCAAUUUUUUUUUUAAUAUUAAAAUUGCGUGCCGUGUGAGAGUACACACUGUGCAGUAGCAGUUGGUUGUUUGUGGAAAAUUCACUGACAAAGAAGGAAUCAGAGAUAAAAAGAAAGUUUUUUCGUUGUUUAGGUAUGUUUUUGUAUGAAUCAAUUGGUGCUUUUUUGGUUUGAAGAAGAGCAAUGGAUAUAACAGAAGUGUCAAUGAUACAUCAUGCGGGAAUUGUGCUAUUUAUGCUUUGGUUGCUUUCUCGUUUCGAUUGCUCCUAUCUGGUUACCUAUCUUCUGUCUCUGAUUUAUCUAUUCCUGGUUCAUGAGAGAUAUGUUAUGAGAUUGCGGAAGAAGCUACAAUUUGAGGAAAGAAAACAAGCAAAUCAAAAAAGGGUGCUUUCUGACUCCGAAACGGUGCGGUGGUUGAACCAUGCAGUUGAAAAAAUAUGGCCCAUAUGUAUGGAACAGAUUGUUUCACAGAAGAUUCUACUUCCGAUCAUACCCUGGUUCCUGGAGAAGUACAAACCAUGGACUGUUAAGAAAGCUGCGGUUCAUCAUCUCAACAUGGGAAGAAACCCACCUGUAUUCACUGAAAUGAGGGUUCUUCCCCAGUCUAAUGAUGAUGACCACUUGGUUCUGGAGUUAGGAUUGAAUUUUCUUACAGCUGAUGAUAUGAGUGCAAUACUUGCUGUGCAGCUAAGAAAAAGAGUGGGAUUUGGGAUGUCGACGAAGUUGCAUAUAACCGGCAUGCAUGUAGAAGGGAAGGUGCUGGUUGGGGUGAAGUUUCUUCGCACUUGGCCUUUCCUUGGCCGUUUGCGGGUAUGCUUUGUUGAGCCUCCAUAUUUCCAGAUGACUGUCAAGCCUAUUUUUACUCAUGGGCUUGAUGUUACAGAGCUUCCAGGGAUUGCUGGGUGGCUGGAUAAGCUGCUUUCCAUUGCUUUUGAGCAGACACUCGUUGAGCCUAAUAUGCUGGUUGUUGACAUGGAGAAAUUUAUUUCACCACUUGAAGAACAAUGGUUCUCUGUGAAUGAGAAGGAGCCUCUUGCUUAUGCCAGAGUAGAAAUUAUUGAGGCGUCUGAUAUGAAACCAUCUGACCUAAAUGGAUUAGCUGAUCCAUAUGUGAAAGGUCAAUUGGGAUGUUACAGAUUCAAGACUAAGACACAAAAGAAAACGCUGGCUCCAAAAUGGCACGAGGAAUUUAAGAUGCCCAUUGUUACAUGGGAGUCUCCUAAUGUGCUAAAUAUUGAAGUUUGUGACAAGGACCAUUUUGUUGAUGAUAUGCUUGGGGACUGUUCCAUCAAUGUCGGUGAUUUUAGGACUGGCCAGAGACAUGACAUUUGGUUGCCACUUAACAACAUUAAGACAGGGAGAUUGCAUGUUGCACUAACUGUUAUAGAAAAGGGGGAAGAUCGUCCGUCUGACUGGGAAUCAUUUAAAGUGGUAGAUAAAAGAGAUUCCUUCGCUAGUGAGACUAUGAACAAGGGUUCGUUCUCGUCUGUAUCAUCAGAAAAAUCUAACAGGGUGGCAGAUAAUUUUGAGCCAAUUAAUAUUGAGGGGCAAAAAGAGACUGGUAUAUGGGUCCAUCAACCAGGAAGUGAAGUUUCACAAACUUGGGAGCCUAGAAAAGGGAAGAGUCGACGCCUUGAUACUGAAAUUCAAAGGGAGCCUGAUGAUUCUACAGGCAGUCAUAAUGCAGCAGCACCGGGACCCCAAGGCAAUGAUAGCAGCAGUGAUGAAAAUCCUGAUGAUAAGCGUUCAUCGAAUCGAGUUCGCAGGGGUCUAAAAAAGAUUGGUUCAUUAUUUCACAGAAGUCCCAAGGAGGAGGAUACCUCGGUCAGCUUCAGAGAAACUGUUCUAUCACCCCAUGUUAACAUAAAGGCUGUAAACGAGAAGGACAUUGGUGUAAGGUUUCUUGUGGAAGACAACCUGGCUGGGCCUGCCUCUGCUAUCACUCCGAAAGAUGGGACAUCAAGCUCUGGAGGGAGUGGUCCAGACAGCCCAGGUAAGGCUAAUAUGAAAGACAGGGCGAAGAGCAUUUUAAAACAUGCUGAAAAAUCUGCUCGGAGCAUAAAACAUGUACUAACACGGAAAGGGUCUAGAAAAUCUCUAGGUGAUUCGUCUCCUGUGUUAGGAGGAGAAAUUCUAGCAGAUUCUGAUUAUUCCGAUGAUGAAUCUCUUCGUUCUUCCCCAGGUGCUGGAAAGUUAACACUUGUUACCGAGGAUAAGUCCAAGGAUCAAGCAGUUCAGACAGGAGUGGUUAACAAUCCAAUGGAUACUAAAGGCCCCAUGAAGAAGGUUAGUCCUGAAGGCCCACAAAGAUCACUUGAAAAGGUGCGCGACCCUGACAGAAAUGUAGUUGAGUCCUCACAAGUUGAAGCUUGAAGAAGAUAUAUCCAAAGAGAUACCUAGGAUUCAGGUUUGGUGGGUCUUUGAAGAACAGCAUUUGCUGGUCUCAUCGGAGAAGUACUUUGAUUCUGAUAUCUAGGUUGGUGUGGCAUAGGCUUUUUUUAUUUUUUUAUUUUUUAUUUGUGGAUAUGUCAGCUUUUUUUGAAAACACUGCUUUUUGAAUCUACAAAGAUUGUUCAUUGAGGGACCACAAGUUUUUUAUAAUUGUACAGCUACAUAUUAAUUUGAACCAGGAAAUUUUUUA